AUGGUUCGGUUUGGGAGAGCAGGGUUGGAGACCGAGCCCAAGUCGCAGCCAAAGAUUGUUUCACCUGCAGCCUCCAAAGGCCUGACAGAAUGUUUGACUAUACUGCUUGCAAAUGGGGCUGACAUCAAUAGCAAGAAUGAGGGUGGAAGCACUGCCCUGCACUUGGCUACCAUCUCCUGCCAGCCACAUUGUGUCAAGGUCCUGCUCUGGCACAGUGCCAAUGAAGAUGCUAUGGAUGCAGAAAGUCGUAGUCCAUUGCACUGGGCAGUCUCCUCUGGCUGUGCCUCAAGUGUGCUCCUGCUGUGUGACCAUAAAGCCUUUUGGGAUGUCCUAGAUAAUGAUGGACGUACACCCUUGAUGAUUGCCUCACUGAGUGGUCGUGCAGCUAUCUGCUCACAGCUACUGCAAAGAGGUGCUCGAGUUAAUGUUACAGACAAGGAUGACAAGUCAGCUCUGAUCCUGGCCUGUGAGAAAGGCAGUGCUGAAGUGGCUGAACUACUCCUGAGCCAUGGAGCUGAUGUGGGAGUGGUGGAUAGCAUGGAGCAUGAUGCUCUGUAUUAUGCUCUGCACACACAAGACAAGGUACUGUGCAAGCUGGUACCUGCUGUACAGCAGGCCCUGAACUGGUGGAGGGGAGGUAAAGCCAAUCAGGAGCUAGUUCAACAUCCAGAUGUUGCAACUAAGGCCUCUCCAUCUGAGCCUCAGGUGGGUUCUCUGCCUAAGAGUUCAUGGAGAGGAGAACCCAAAGAGGAGCAAGAAGAAGAGAAUCAUGGAGGCACAUGCUCAGAGGCAUGGAGGUGGAAGUAUGAAUAUGAGCAGAGGGAAGUUUCUCAGUUGAAGCAGGAGCUGGUACAAAAAACAGAAGAGUGUAAGGCUCAAUCUGCAGCCUACCCAGACCUGGAGAACCAGAUUCAAGAACAUGUGCAGGAGCUGGGGCUCCUCCUUGCCCAAGAGCCCAUAGCUUCAGAAGGGCAGAGUUCUAGUAUCUAUCCUGAAGAAGAUGGCAUAGAGAAGGGUUGUCUCCUAGACUUGCUGGAUGAGCACAUACAAGAGUUAAAGAAGCAGCAGCAGGUAGUAAUCACAGCCACAGCCUCAGCUAACCCAGUAUUAGCUUCCAAGAAGACUGAGGAUUUAGCCCAAGGGCAGAUCCAUUAUGAAGCCCAUGGUUGGUCCCAACCAGAAGAACAGGGGUCACCCCAGAGCCCAAUGUCUGAGAUCAUGAGGAAUGCCACAGGACAGCAACUGAUCACCAACAGUGGACACACCCUUGGCCCUGAUCAUACUGAUCAGCCACAUGUUGACCAGGAGAGGUCACUGGCCCCAGGGGCUGAAACAACAGACACAGUGGCUGAAGCAGUGGGCAUAGCAGCCAUGAACCAGCUCCUGCUACAAGUGAGGGAAGAGUUGGCUGCAGUGUGGCGAGAAAAGGAUGCUGCCCUGGGGGCUUUGUCAAGACCAGUCCUAGAGAGAGAUCUGGGGACAUCCAAGGCUGAGGCUGCAGCAGCUGCCUGGGAGAAGAUGGAGGCCAGGUUGGAGCAGGUGCUAGUGAGGCUGGAUCAGGCAAAGGCAGGACUACAAGGGAAACAUGUGGCCCCUGUCCAGGAGCCCAGAGAAGGAGCACCAAAGGCAGUCUCAGAAACCAUCACCAAAAAGGGUGAAGAGAGGGAGAAAAGGGCUCCUGGGACCCACAGGGAGCCUCUAAUGGCCCCUGUCAGAGAACAGAUGCCUGGAGGAGGACUGGCAAAGGGACCACUGGAGAAGGAGGUGUCAGCACUGAGACUGAGCAACAGUUACUUGCUAGAGCAGUUGAGGGAGCUGGGGUGGGAGUGGCAGCAGUUGCAAGGGGAGCUGCAGUCCCUGAGCCAGUGGCUGCAGUGGGAGUUUGUGCCCAAGCCAAAGGCACAGGUCCAGCUCCAGCAAUUGCAGCAAAGUGUGGGGCUGCUGACAAAUGAACUGGUGUUGGAGAAGGAGGGCAGUGAGAAGUUGCAGAAGCAGCUGGCCUCCCAAAGCAGUGGCUUCCGAGGCCUGUGGGACUGCUUGCCCCCAGAGCUGGUGUGCAAAGUGAGUGGUGGGGGCACAGGUACUGAGUCCCUGGAGGAGCUGCAGGCCCGCAUCAGCAACCUGGUAGACAGACACUGUGAGGCCCAGCAGGCACUGGCUAGGCUGGAGGAGGAAAACCAGUGGCUGCGAGGAUCCUCUGCUCCACAUAGGGAGCCAGGCACCUUCUCAAAGUUGCCAGCAUCUUCAGAAGUGGCUGAUUUAGAGCAAGACCUCAGAAAGCUUGAGGAAGAGCUGGGGGCUGUUCAGGCCACAAUGAGUGGGAAGAGCCAGGAGAUCAGGAAACUGAAGGAACUGCUCUACCAGGCAACAGAGGAAGUUGGGACUUGGCUGAGGGUCAGGGAGGCAGCUGGCCUGCGGCAGCAUGAGAGAACUUGGGGCUCGCUGGUGGCCUAGGCCCAACCUUGGGGUCAGGAACUAAAGGCUAUGCUAGAAAAGUAUAACACUGCCUGCUGGGAAAUGGGCCAGCUGCAGGAGGCUGUGGCCAAGGAGCGCCGCAGGAGCGAGGACCUGGCUGCCAGGGCCACAGAACAGGAGCCACAGGCCAGCAAGAUGCAUGGGUGCUCGGAACAGUUUGAGGAAACAGUGGAGCUGCUGAAAGAAAAGAUGGAGCAUCUUUUGGGGACUUUCCAGGACAAGGACACCAAGAUCAAGGAAUUGUUGAAGAAGCUGGAACAGCUUUCAGAAGAAGUCCUAACAGUUCGAGGAGAAAAUGCUCGCCUGGCCCUGCAGUUGGAGGAUUCCCAGAAGAACCACGAAGAGAUCAUCUCUACCUAUAGGAACCAUCUGCUGAAUGCUGCUCAGGGCUACAUGGAACAAAAUAAAGUGGGAGGUGGCACCUCUGGCUCUCCUCCUCUCUCCUUAACCCCUGGGGACCCCGCGAUCUUUCGAGGAGCACCCUUCCUCCGAGCCCACCGGUCUCGCAUCCCAGCCAAAGACUUGCGGGAGCCGAGUCCAAAGUGGUGGGAGGGGCCAAGGCUAAAGCUAGUCGGGAGCCUUGCCGGCGCGCGGGCGGGCGGGGCCUGCUAG